UUUACUCAUUUUUAUCGGUUUUGGUAUAUACUACUAAAUUAGCUUAACUGGCAGAUGUAUGUGGGCCUUCCAUUUUUAGACGACAUUUCACUUCAAUUCAAUUCCUUUCCCAUUUCAUUCAAUCAUUCAUUCAAAUGAACGCCAUUUCAAAGUAAAGUUGGGAUUUCUCACUCAUUCAUUCACUUUACUUCUUGUUUAUCCCCUUUUGCAAUAAUUAAUCAAUAAUCUUUAUAUACACAAACACAAAUCUAUCCGUAACACGCUAACCCAACUGGCUGAUUCCCAAUUGGGUUACUCCGAUUCCAUCUUCUCUCUCCUUAUCUGUUCUUCUGAAAAAGGAGCGUUACUUUCCUGCUUAUACGUGCGGAAAUUUCUGGGAUGGGGGGCGAAGGCGUGAAAGAGUCCUGGUUCAGUAGUUUGUGGGGGAGUUCACGAAGAAAUGGAUCCAAUUCUGAGAAAGCAGUAUUGGGAAUUCUGGCGUUUGAGGUGGCGACUUUGAUGUCGAAGAUUGUUAACUUGUGGAAUUGUUUGAGCGACAUUCAAAUAGAGCGGUUGAAGGAAGAUGUUGUUAACUCGCCCGGGAUUGUAAAAUUAAUAUCAAACGAUGAAAAUUACCUCAUGAAUCUUGCUUUUGCCGAAAUAGUCGAGACUUUGUGGCAUGCUGCAGACUCUGUCAGUAGGUUAGGAAAGAAAUGCUCCAAUCCUAUUUAUCAUAAUUUGGACCGGAUUUUUAGCAGUCCGUUAGAAAACUCAAUUGAAUUGUAUGGAUGGGAAUAUAAAUGGAAGAAAAUGGAGAAAAAAGCGAAGAAAAUCGAGCGAUUUGUCGCUGCUACUUCACAAUUGCAUCAAGAGAUGGAAGUCUUGGUGGAGUUUGAACAAACUUUGAGGAGAAUGCAGUACAACCCGGAAACCAACAAAGUGAAAUUGCUCGAGUUUCAGCAAAAGGUCAUUUGGCAGCGCCAAGAGGUGAAAAAUUUACGAGAUAUGUCCCCCUGGUCGAGGACCUAUGACUAUAUUGUGCAACUUCUGUUACGAUGUUUGGUUACGAUAUUCGAGAGGCUUAAGUUUCUGGUUGGAAUCAAUCAAGUAACAUUUUCAGAUAGAAACAAUACGCCGGCCCAACACCUUACUGCCGGAACUCUUCCUCGAAGCCGUUCAUUUGUACAAUCGUCGGUUUACCCGUCUGAAAAUCAUGCUUCUAUCUUUUAUUCGGGACCUCUGGUUCGGUCAAGCUCGUUACUUGGACUGCCCAGCCGAAGUAAGAGAGCUAGCAAAAAGCAUCAGAAACAGACUCAUCAGCAUGUACAUAACCAACAUAAAAAAUUCCCGUUUCUUAUCACGAAACGGAUCGCUCAAUCAGGACCGUUCAAAGGAUGUAUGGUCGGUGGAAGCCAUUCUUCGGUAGUCGAGAGCUGCAUGCCGACGACAAGUAGUGGACCUUCAAGUUCUGCCGCCAUUGUUUCGAAUCACAUAGAUGGAAAUGUAAGCAAACCAGACCCUUCUUGUGAAAACUUGUUUACAAGUGGUUCGAAUUUUUUUUCUCAAUGUAUAUCGUCUAAUACUCCGCCAUGCUCUCUGGGAAGCGCUGCCUUAAGCCUCCAUUAUGCAAAUAUUAUUAUAUUAGUCGAAAAGCUCGCUUCGUCGCCUCAUCUAAUUGCGCCUGACGCAAGAGACGAUCUCUACAAUAUGUUAACAACCAGUAUAAAGAGCAUGUUGAGAGCAAGACUGAAACUGUACACCAAGUCCUUGGCUUCCUCGUCCUAUAAUUCCGCCCUUGCUACCGAAUGGAGUCUCGCGAUAACCAGAAUGUUGGAAUGGCUUUCUCCUCUUGCGCAUAACACAGUUAGAUGGCAUUCCGAAAGGAAUUAUGAGAAACACCAUAUCAUUUCCCGAGGAAGUCUUCUACUUGUGCAGACUCUGUAUUUUGCAAAUCAAUCAAAAACCGAAGCUGCAAUUAUCGAACUUUUGUUGGGUUUGAAUUAUUUAUAUAGAUUUGGCAACGUGAAUGAGAAAGUUUUCUUGGAAGCAAGUGGUACACGGGUUUAUGAUGGGUAUUCAAUCCAGACCGAUACUAUUGCUUGCAAUGCUUGAUCCGUUUUGAUGGCGAAAACACCUUGGUUGCAUUGAUGCGAGCGGUACAUAUUCGAGCUUAUCUCGGUUCACUUGUUUAAGGGUCUCGGAAGAUUUACUUGUCGAAAGAAAGCUUGGUUUCAUAUAAUGAGGUAUUCUUUUGAGAUAGCAUAUAAGAUAACUAAUCUUUAAUACACUGCAAUACAUUGACUUGUUAAUAUUGCAUGUAGAACCUUGCUUUCUCGGAACCACGGUACAAGUAUAGGGUGGGCCAAACAUUCACUUUUAUAUGUGUGUUGAAACGAUUCGGCUAUCUUUUUUUUGUUUUAUAUAUUACAUGAUUCUAGAUUAAUCAUGGCCUAGGCAGACUCGAGCUUAGAUUUCCCCUGCCCCCUCACCCCGUCCCGAAAUUUCUCCUUGCCAUAACCACCAUAUCCCAUCUCAUCGUAAACUUAUUGUAAAGCAUAUCUUAUAUUUCCCGCAAGAGACAUGCGAUGUGAACUUGACAUUUGUACAAUACCCGUGAAAAUCGAUUUGCAUUCUCUUGGAACAUAUGGCUAAAUUUUAAAUUUUAACAACACAAUGUUGUUGUGACUUGUAAGAAUCUCAUCUGGCAUUUAGAUUAUGCAACGCAUUUUUACUUUCUUUUCAAUGUAUUUAAAUCUUUCUAAGGAUUUAUUAGUGGAUCUUUUUGAGUCGAGUAACUCUUUGACCACCCUCUCCUUUAUGGAUAUGUGUUGUUGCCUUUCUUUUUUCCCUAGAAACUUGAUCAUAGUUCCUAUGAGCAGAAUACACUAUGCAUUGAGCUGGAUACGGGCCGGACUCUAGUAGAGUCGGGUCGUGUCUUAGAAAAUUAAAAAUGGGCUUCAAUUGGGUCGGGUUUAUUAAACCCAGCCCGUUUAUCUAAUUAAAGAAGUGAAUCGUUCACUGUUUUGAAGUGUUGAUAAUAGAAGUAAUAGAUGGCAAAUGCCUUUCUCAAUAUAAUUCACUGUUUUUUGAACUGAAUUAAAUAAAUUUAGGACUACACUAACCUGUAAUUUAUACUAGUAAAGUUUUAAUUAAAGACUUUUUUUAAUCAAUUACUUCUAUUAUCAGUAAUUCAACGCCGUUCACUGUUUGUUUUGUUAGUAAUAUACUUUGAGAAGUUGAGAUAGUGAAGCAAAAUAAGUUGCUGAAGGUAAUGUGUAAUGUUAUGCUUUGAAACCAAUUCUCAAGCAAAAUGUGAAGGCCCGUCUAGGACCCGUGUAAAGCCCGAUUUCAACCCGCUCCAUUUACUAUAAAGUAGGCUCCUAGCCUCCUAUUAAAAUCCGACCCAUUUAAGACCCGGCCCAUCUAAAGCCCGUAAAAUAAAGGUUGGAUCCGGGGCCUGAUGGGCUUCCAGCCUGUUGCACAGGUCUAUUGAUGAUGAUGACGGUAAAGCUCGGUGAAGGGGAAGACUAUUUUUUUUUUUUCAUUUGAAAGCGAGAUAAUGUUUAGGAGGAUUCAUCAAGAAAAUUUAGUGCCACAGUCAUGACAAUACUUAUUCCUUUAGCUGUAAAAUGACUGCCUUUCUUCAAAGUGAUUGUAGAAUGGGUUUUGGAAUCUGCAUUAUUGGUUCAUCUGGUUGAGCUUUGAGUGAUCUUGUGAGAACUAGCAAUCUUUGCUAUUGGUUUCAAGCCUAAGCAAAAUUGGCAAAUAAUUUUAUGACACAGUGCGCUAUUCGUAUUUGAGACCCCUUUUGAUUUUUAUCUUAACCUUCUACAGUUCUACCGUUAUUAUGUAUCUUAUGGUCAGAACCUCCCUUGCUCCCGAUGGUUGGCUACUUGGUUAAGCAUGUCCGAACAAUUGUAAGUUGGCAAGGAACAUACGGUUGUUUAUAUAUUCUCGAGAUUGAGCCCGUGGAAGAAAAUAGAGGGAAAGGAAGGGAAAAGGAAAAAAAAAAAAAAAAAGAUUGAUUUUCCUCCCCUUGAAUAGCAAAAAAAGGAGGGAUUUGGGAGGGAAAGUGAAGGAAAAGUGACUGAGAGGGGAUACCACACUGGUUUGACAAUUUUGCCAUCUACAUUCAAAUUAUCUGAAAAUGGACGAGGAAUAACUUUAUUAUUUAAUAAAAAUUCACGAAUUUUUUUUUUAAAUGAAAAUUUCAAAGCUUAAAAUUCUUAUUUUUAUUUGCCAAAUAACACCAAUAAGCAUGACAAAAAGUUAUAUUCGAAUCGAAUUUUGUAAACUCCGACUCGAACUCUCAAAUCUUC